AUGUCAAAAUAUGGUAAUUAUUUACAACGAUCACGAUUAGUAACACCAACAACAACAACAACAACAACCACUACAACCACAGCAUCAACAUCAAUUCCAUUGAAUCCAUCACUAUCAAUCAUACAGAAUCGUAUGUUACAAUCAACAUCGACAUCACAAUUAAAUCAACAACAACAACAAGAUUUACAACAAAAUUUAUAUAACGGUUAUUCUCAACACCAACAGCAGCAACGAUUUAAUCGUGAUAAUAUUGGCCGUUCUGGUAUGGCUGUUGUUAACACUAACAAUGCAGGUUUCGUACAGGAUUCGCCAAUAUCAAUUGGAUCAUCAUCAUCAUCAUCAUCUGGCAUUGGAAAAUCAACAUCAACAUCAUCAUCAUUGGUAUCAACACCAUCAACAUCGGAAUCAUCAUCAUCAACAGUGAAUAAUCAUCUUAAUUCGGCAACCAUAUCUGAUAUGUUUAUAUCAAUCGAUGGUCGGCUACAAAAAUUGCAAGAUCAAAUGAUCUAUUAUCGUUCAAUGAAUAAUUUUGGCCUAAAUUCACCGACAGCAUUUCCAAGUUAUUUUAAUAUGAUGAAAACACAGUUUUUAAGUAUGGAAAAUCUUGUUGAAAGUAAAUUAUCAACAAUUGAAAAUAAAUUUUCAAACAUUGUUAUUGAAGAUGAAAUAUGGAAAAAAACAAUAAACUGGAAGGUGGAAGAAAUUCUUUCAAAGAUAUCACAAUCAGAGAAUAAAGUUACAUUCAGUAAUGAACAAAUGUUAAAUAAAUUGGAUUUGAUUGAAAGAAAUUUCAAAGUUAUAACCAAUGAUUUAUUUUCAAAAUUUUUGCUCGUUAAUGAAAAAUUAAACAUGAUCGAAUUGAAUAUACAGAAUAAAUUGAAUGAUUUUGGCACAAAAAUUCGCAAAACAUUUGAUUAUCAACAGAAAUUGAUUGAUUUAUUUAAACAAGAUUUCAAUACUAAUAAUAAUAAUAAUAAUCAUGGUACAACGGAAUCGAAUGGAACACCACAACAAAGAUUUAGUAAUCGUAAUAGUCAUGGUGGUGAUAAUGGUGAAAAUUAUUCACUGAAAAAUUUACCAAUUCACACAGAUAUGAAUGAUUCCGGUAUGGGACAAGAAUCCUUUGAAAAUGGUUAUAAUUGGACAAAUCAACAACAACAACAACAACAUCAACAAUCAGAAUUUGAUAUGAUUAUGGAUUCAUCAACAAAUGAACAACAACAACAAUCGCAAACCGUGGAUAAAAUGCAUGAAUCUGAUCAUCAUCGAUCACAGACAAUCGAACAACAACAGCAACAAGAAUCAUCAAUGAUAAUGAAUAAUGGUCGUAGUACAAUAACACGUGAUGAAUUGAUUGCACAAUGUGAACCAUUAUUUCAACGUUGGAAACAGAAUAAAUUCAAUCAAGAUGAUGCACAUCAAUUGAUUAUUUGUAAACAAUUAUUAACAUCAUUGGAAAAUGGUGAUUUUAUACAGCAACAACAACAACAACAACAACAAUAUACAAACAGAGAUCGUAUUGAGAAACGAGAUUCAGCUGAUCAAGAAUCAAUGAUGAUUAACGAUCCACAACAACAACAUAUAUCUCUUAAAUCGAAAGAUAUUGUUGAUAAUAAUAAAAUGGAUGAUAUCAUCAAUUCAUCGAAUGGUGGUGGCGUCAAUGAUUAUGGUGGCCAACAAACCAAUGGUAAUAAAAAAUUGAGCCUUGAAGAAUUGGAUAGUAAAUUACAAUAUUUUGCUACGAAAAUCAUAAAAAUUGUACAAGAAAUGUGGCAUGCAUCACAGACAUCACAACAAUAUCUAUUGGAAACAUUAUUGGUCACCAAUGAAACAAAAGAAAUGAUUCGUGAAGAAUUUAAUCGAUUAAAUGGCUAUGUAAAACCAUUGAAUUUAUUGGCCAGUAUGACAGAUGAUAUUCGUGAUCCAAUUAUGACACGUUUGAAAGAGAUGACAACAGCAAUCAAUAAUUCAGUUGCCGUAAUUCUUAACACUCAAUCACAAUACAUGAUGAGACAAGAUGAACAAGCAUAUAAAAUAUUGACAAUUUCUGUAAGUGAAUUACGUAAUCAUUCAACAAUGGUUAGCAGAAAAGUACAAGAACAAAGUAUACAAAUGAAUCAAAAAUUUGAACAAAUCUAUAAAAGUUUGAAUCAGAUUGGACGUAAAACAAUCGAAACAGUUGGUCAUCAAUUAUUGGAUAUCAUGAAAAAAGAACUGCACACAAUUAAAUCAAUAUUAUCGGAACGUAGUAAAAUUAGUGUUAAUGAAUUGGAUUUGGAUAGUCCAAAAUCAUUGACACAAAAUCAAUGCAAAAAUGAUUGUUUCAUAAGCCGUCAAGAGAUUGAUAAUCUAUGCUAUAAUAUUGAAAGUAAACCAUCUCAUUUUCGUUCCGAAACACCAUCAACAUUGAUACAAUCAUCAAUGGCAACACGUGAUACACCGUCAUUGGUGCAAAAUAAUGUAUCUGGUUUUGAUGAUCAUUAUGAUCAUAUUGAUCAUCCACAUCCAUUGGCACAUCAUCAUCAAAUUGGACAUGGAAAAAAUCUAACAAAUAUUGUUGAGAUCAAUAAUGGCGGUAGUAGUAGUAGUAGUAGUAGUAGUAGCAGCAACAGUGGCAGCAACAUCAACAAUGAUAAUGAUAAUGAUGAUGAUGAUGAUAUUCCAAAUAUUCCAAACAAUAACAACAACAACAACAACAACAACAACCACAACAACCACAACAUGGAAUCUAAUUUAAAUUCUGCAUCACCAUCAUCAUCAUCAUCAUCAUCAUCAUUGAUGGAUUCAUUAUCAACAAUGAAUGUUGAUGAACAAACACGAAGAAAAUUUAAAAGAGCAAUCAAAAUUUAUUUUAAUCGCUACGAAAAUCAAACAAUUGAAUCAAACAAACAG